CGGCGGCGGCGCCUCCCCCUCGACCCGCGCGUCCCCGGGGGCGGCGGCCGACCGGUGGGGCAGGGGGCCGAAGUUUGGCCGUCGGCGACCAUGGAGCCGAAGCACAAGGAGCUGCUCGCGCAGUGCCGGCAGAGCCUGGCGCAGGCCAUGACUGAGGUGGACAAGGUGGUGGAGCUGCUGGAGGCCGCCGGCGCUCUCGGUCCCCGCGACCUGCGCGACCUGGAGGCGGCGGGCGGCGGCAAGGCCGAAUUGCUGAUCGCCCUGCUGCUGGCCAAGGAGCGGGACCACUUCCAGGACCUGCGGGUGGCCCUGGAGAAGACGCAGCCCCACCUGCUCUCCAUCCUCUACCUGAACGGCGUGGCGGGGGCGCCGGCGGCGGCGGAGGAGACGGCCGGAUCUACUUACAGUGUGCUGUCCAUAAUGCCUUCUGAUUCUGAAAGCAGCAGUUCUCUGAGUAGCAUUGGUACAACUGGCAAAGCAUCAUCUCCACCACCUGUAUCAGAUACGAGACAGAUGAGUGAGAAGCUGGAGACAAUAUUAUUUCAGCUCCGACAGGUAACUCGGGAGAGGGAUGAGCUGCGCAAGCGACUUGCACUUUCAUCUCCUGGAUCAACUUUUGAUGAUUGCAGGCCUAGUCCAAAACCUAAUCAUGACUAUGAAAGACUGAAGAUUCAGUGCAUGAAGGCCAUGUCAGACCUACAGUCCCUGCAAAAUCAACAUACUAAGACAUUAAAAAGAUGUGAAGAAGCAGCAAAAGAAGCUGAUUUUUAUCACACAUUGCACAGUCGACUGCUGAGUGACCAAUCACAGCUGAAGGAGGACAUGGAUACCUUGAAGAGGAAAAACACACAGUUGGUGAGAGAACAUAACCAUCUCCAGCAGUCGUGUGAGGAAAUGAAAAGGCUUCACGAUGAGGAUCAGAAAGAGAUAACAGACCUACGCAGCCAGCAGCAGCAGGUUAUGAAGCAAAAUGGGUCAUCAGAGAUAUUAAAUAAGCUCUAUGAUACAGCAAUGGACAAGCUAGAGGGUGUGAAGAAGGAUUAUGAUGCCUUAAGAAAGCGUUACAAUGAGAAGAUAGCAAGUCACAAUACAGAUCUCAGUCGCCUAGAGCAGGCUGAGGAGGAGAACAGACGUCUUCAGAAACAGAUUGACAUGCUAAUGAAGCAAAGGGACACCGCGAUACAUUUUCAACAGCAAUAUUCGUCCUCUCUCAGAAGAUUUGAGUCAGUACAGCAGGAACUAAGCAACGCCACAGCCCAAAACAAAGAGUUGCAGAGAGAGAUGGAGCGAUUACAGUCAGAGGUGACAAGGUUCAAAACAAUGCAGCUGAAAGCAGCAAAGGAUUCAGAAAAAUACAAGGAAGAAAGGGAUUCAGUUUUCAAUGAAUACCGCCUCAUAAUGAGUGAGAGAGAUCAAGUAAUCAAAGAGGUAGAUAAGCUUCAAACAGAGCUGGAGCUUGCAGAGUCCAAACUGAAGAACACUUCUUCUGAGAAACGAGUGGCUAGUGAAGAGAUGGAAGCUUUAAGACAGGAGCUGAACUCAGCUUUAGUGGAAAGAGAUCGAGCAAUUUGUGAGAGGAAUGAGUUGCUGGAAAAAUACUGUCAUGAAGUGAAGGACAAAGCUGAGGCCCAGAAGGAGCUUGAUCAAGCUUGCAAGGAUAUAGAGACAGUGAAGGAAGAAAGAGAUGUUGCCAGGAAAGAGAGAACAGAAGCCAUAAUCCAAAGGGACCAUCUAUUAAGGGAAUACUAUCAAGCCCGUCAGAUACAAGAUUCUGCUACCUUAGACAUAGAAAGAGCAAACAAAGAAAUUGAAAUGCUUCGGAAACAAUAUGAGGCUAUGUCACAAGAACUAAAGGAAGCUGUCCAGGAAGCAGAAGUAGCCAAGUGCAGAAGAGACUGGGCUUUCCAAGAGCGAGAUAAGAUUGUUGCAGAAAGGGAAAGUAUACGGACUCUGUGUGACAACUUACGGAGGGAGAGAGACCGAGCUGUGAGUGACUUGGCUGAAGCUCUUCGCAAUCUGGAUGACAUGAGGAAGCAGAAAAAUGAUGCAGUGCGUGAACUGAAGGAACUGAAAGAGAAGAUGGAGAAUCAGUUGGAAAAGGAGGCCAGAUUCCGUCAACUGAUGGCCCAUAGUUCCCAUGACUCAGCCAUAGACACAGAUUCUCUGGAAUGGGAAACAGAAGUAGUGGAAUUUGAAAAAGACAGAGAUGAUAUGGACUUGAAAGCACUUGGUUUUGAUGUGGCAGAAGGUGUAAAUGAACCAUACCUCCCUGGAGAUUGUGGGAUCUUUGUUACCAAAGUAGACAAAGGAAGUGUUGUGGAUGGUCGAUUAAGAGUAAAUGAUUGGUUGCUGAAGAUAAAUGAUGUCGAUCUUACUAAUAAGGAUAAAAAGCAAGUUAUAAAAGCUGUCUUAAAUGGAGGAGGUGUUAUUAACAUGGUGGUUCGAAGAAGGAAGUCCUUGGGUGGACGAGUGAUAACACCACUUCACAUCAAUGUUUCUGGGCAUAAAGAUAGUGGAGUAAGUCUAGAAAAUGGAAUAUUUGUUGCUGCUGUUGUGCCUGGAAGCCCAGCUGCCAAAGAGGGUUCCCUUACUGUGGGAGACAGAAUAAUUGCUAUCAAUGGCAUUGCACUAGAUAAUAAGUCACUUAAUGAAUGUGAAGCUUUGUUACGAAACUGCAGGGAUUCCCUUACUCUGUCAUUAUUGAAGGUUUUUCCUCAGAGUUCGUCUUGGAGUGGUCAAAAUAUAUUUGAAAAUCUGAAGGAUUCAGAAAAAAUAUCAAAUUGUAGGGUUCAUGCAUCAGAAAUACAAGCCCAAAACAAAAGAAAUCUGAAACUCAACAGCUCAACACAGACUGACAUUUUCAAUCCAGACAUCAUGGAUGUCAAGAAAGACCAGAAUGAUCAGGGCAGUCGUUCAUUUUGUGAUCACAAACCCUUCCCUAACAACACGUUACGAGUAGACUCUCAUAGGAACACAGUGCACAGUUGCCACAGUAAUUCAGAACAUAGUCUCAGCUCCUUCAACCCAGAGACAUAUGGGGACCGAGGCUAUGGAGUUGUUGACUUGGACAACAGGAGGCUGCCUUAUGAACCUACAGAUAAUGACUGUAUGGUGGUUGAGACUACAUUUGACAAAGGACAUGGUACUAAGCAUAGUGGUGGUACCUGGCCGAAAGUCAUGGUUAAUAUCUCAGCAGCAGAAACAGAAAAGUUUUCUGUGUACAAAAAGCCAAAACAAAGGAAAUCUAUCUUUGAUCCUGAUACUUUCAAAAGGCCACCAACUCCUCCUAAGCCAGAGUACCUUUCUCCAAAUCAGGUGACAGGCCAUUCACCUCAGCCAUCAAAAGCUGAAGUGGCUUCAACUCCUCCAACUCCUCCUAAGAGAAGUGACUCCAUCAAAUUUAAACAUAAACAGCAGGCAAGCUCUGCUUCAGAGUCUACAGUAACAACUGGAUCACCACCUACCAGCCCAGCCACUGCCCAAGCUCCAGUUUCCUUGGCACUUAAACAAGACUCUGCUACUCUCAAGGGACGCAACAGGAAUGCUGGAAAUUAUUAUCGUGAGGAGGGAAUUGACUGUACUCAUCUCUCCUCAAGGAAAUCCUGUGAAGAUGACAUCGGCUUUCAAAGAGUUGAAGAGCCAGAGAUAAAAAGGCCAAGGCCAAAAUCUGCUCCUGCUCUGAGACAUAAAAUGGCCCCUAUGCCCAUUCCUAAUCCUGCGCUUCAGGUGCAAAAAUAUACACCGGCUAGUGAGGAACACCUGUCUCCAGAGGUACAGGAAUGGGCACUGUAUUCACCAAAACGUUCUGCUAGGCAUAGUGAUGGCUUUGUGUCUUCCACUUUGUACACUGGAGGCAUGUCGUCAGGUACUGUACCAAGAAGCUUAGCACCGUGCCCUGCAGUAACUGCAGUCAUGCGAAAUCCCAUCUAUACUGCGUGGAGCCACAGAGUACACACCAACAAUUGCCCAUCCGUUGCCAGCCAAAUAUGCCAUCAGCAUCUGCAUCCCAGUGCCCAGCAUCAAGGUCGCUUGAGCUUGGACCUGAGUCAUAAGCACUCCAAUGAAUACUCUGAAAAUCCACGUACAAGAGCAUCUCAUGGCUCAAAUUCACUGCCAUCCAGUGCAAGACUUGGUUCUUCGAGUAACUUGCAGUACAGAACAGAAAGGAUUAAGAUCCCUUUAACGCCAAGAUAUCCAAGGUCCGUCAUGGGCUCUGACAGAGGCUCUUUGUCACACUCUGAAUGUAGCAGUCCCAGCUUGAUAACUCCUCCCCAGUCACCUCUUAACUUGGAAACAUCUUCCUUUGCCAGCAGCCAAUCUCAGAACUCCCUUUCUACUUUACCUAGAAUUUCCAUUAGCCCAGUAUCUGCUGGAGAACGUAGGAAAGAUAGGCCCUACAUGGAAGAGCCACGUCAUGUUAAAGUGCAGAAGGGUUCUGAGCCACUAGGAAUUUCCAUUGUGAGUGGAGAAAAUGGUGGAAUAUUUGUCUCUAAAGUAACAGGUGGGAGUAUUGCACAUCAAGCUGGACUUGAGUACGGUGAUCAGUUACUAGAGUUUAAUGGAAUAAAUUUGAGAAAUGCUACAGAGCAACAGGCUCGAUUAAUCAUUGGACAACAGUGUGACACAAUUACUAUUCUGGCUCAGUAUAACCCUCACAUGUAUCAGCUUGGCAAUCAUUCACGAUCAAGUUCUCGCCUAGAACCUGUGAGUAAUCAUUCCACCCCUCAAGGCAGUGGAGCUGCAACUCCUGACAAUCAUUCCAUAAUCGAUACUGUGAGUGAACAGGAUGAAGGAACAAUGACACCCCCAUCCAAACAAACCACACCGACCACAAGUCCCCGAAAUUCCUUUAGGGGCCCUGUGGACACAAACAAAAGGACCCCUGAACCGAGAACUGUUGUUGUUAAAAAAUCCCAAGUGGAUCUUGGGAUCCAGAUAUGUGGUGGAAAUCUGUAUGGAAUAUUUGUAUCAGAUGUAGAUGAUGAUAGCCCAGCUAAAGGACCUGAUGGACUAGUUUUGGGUGAUAUGAUACUUGAGUAUGGAUCCAUUGAUAUGCGAACUAAAACAGCUGAGGAAGCUUACCUCGAAAUGUUGAAACCUGGAGAAAAUAUCAAAAUAAAGACUCAAUACAGAAUUGAGGAAUUUAAUAGGAUAAAAGAGCUUCCUGGAGAUGGAUUCUUUAUCAGAGCACUUUAUGACCGUGUGGCAGAGGUGGAACAGGACUUAAGCUUUAAGAAGGAUGACAUUUUGUAUGUUGAUGAUACUUUACCACAAGGAAACUUUGGUUGCUGGAUGGCUUGGCAGCUAGAUGAGAAUGCUCAGAAACUGGAAAGAGGACAGAUUCCUAGUAAAUAUAUGAUGGAUCAGGAAUUCUAUAGGAGACACAGCAUGUCUGAGACUAAGGAUGAGAACAGCUCUUCCAAGACAUUGUCAGCAGCAGCACGAAGGUCAUUUUUUAGGAGAAAGCAUAAACACAAACGGAGUGGUUCCAAAGAUGGAAAGGAUUUGCUUGCUCUCGAUACAAUCAGCACAGACUCAAUCCCCUUCUUGGAUGAUUCUGCAAGUCUGGCGUAUCAGCGUGUACAGAAAGUGGACUGUACCUCUCCUAGACCCGUGCUUAUUCUAGGACCAUUACUUGAUGCUGUGAAAGACAUGUUGGUCAAAGAAUCCCCAGGAAAAUUUUGCAGAUGUCCUCUUGAGGUUAUGAAAGCUUCCCAACAAGCCAUUGAGAGAGGUGUGAAGGAUUGCCUAUUUAUAGAUUAUAAACGGAGGAGUGGACAUUUUGAUGUGACAACUGUUGCUUCAAUAAAGGAGAUAACAGAAAAGGAUUGUCAUUGUCUGCUUGACAUCGCUCCUCAUGCCAUCGAACGGCUCCACAGUGUUCAUAUCUACCCUAUUGUAAUUUUUAUUCGCUACAAAAAUGCUAAACAAAUCAAAGAGCAAAAAGACCCGAUCUUCCUGAGGGACAAAGUUACACAAAAACAUUCCAAAGAACAGUUUGAGACAGCUCAAAAAAUAGAACAAGAGUAUAGCAAGUACUUUACAGGCAUUGUCCAGGGAGGAGCCCUUUCAAGCAUUUGCACUCAGAUUAUGACAACUGUCGAUCAAGAACAAAACAAAGUCCUGUGGAUCCCAGCUGGCCCACUGUAGAUUUAUUUUUGCUGUGAAACUGCUUUGCAGGUGUAAAUAACCAACUGACUUUCUAUUCAAUGGACUCUGCCCGUUUCUGUCUUUAUAAAGAUGUAAGUAAGUGAUUCCUGUUUCAUGAAGGGGAACGAUAACACUGAACACAAGAAGAACCAACAAGGCAUUUGGGAAGGGUAGAUCACUUCACCGAGCUUGUCUCUUCUGCUAUACAUGUGACAGGUUGGCAUGUGGGUUACAACCUGUGUGGACUUGUCCAUAAAUAAUGAAUUUAGCAAUGCUGCAAAACCCUGUAGAACAACAAGUUUACAAAAACCUUUUCAAAAGUAUUUGGUUGUUGCUGUUUACUUGAAUGUCUUUUUUGUUGUUUUUGUUUUAUUUUAUAACUCUGUGUCCUUUCACAAAAUGAGGUAACUCUCCAAAACAGAGUGAAAUUCUGAAUAUGAGUGAAUGGUUUAUGCACAUGACUCUUACCUGCAGUUUUUACCAUUUCUAAGCACAUUGACUUGACAACCAGAUAAUACAGGAUUUUAUUGGUACGUCUUGGGAGUAAGUUCAGAAGGAAGUACACUCUUUUACAGGGCAGACCACUGUUUGUAUUAUGUCAACACUUGUCUGUCAAAGACAUUGUUUCUUGUCUUAUGCAUGAAUCUGAUAUUUAAAUGUCAUAAUAUAACUGAACAAUCCAAACUUAUUGUGUGUUGAGAAAUAACAAUUUUUGGUUGUUGGGCCUGGAUAAAUACAGGUGGGCAAGAGUCGUAAGCUAGGCCUAGCAUGCUGUGUUCUGUCACUUUCAGAUACUGUAAAUAUGGAAAGCUUACGUUGGUGCAAUUUUGCAGGGUAAUUCUGAAGCUUUGUAUUUCAGUGUGUAGCAUUCACAUAGUUUUUUAUUUAAGAGCAGCCACAGGUUUAGGGCUUUGAUUAAAAGCCUGUAGAAAGGUACUGAAUUGUUAAUGUUUUCACUGUAAAAAGUAAGUGAUUGUUUAGUUUUGAUUGCAAUACUUACUUAUUGUACCAAACUCCAUUGUAUCAGUUUCCUUUUUGUUUGUUUGUUUGUGGUUUUGUUUUUUUUUUGUUUUUUUUUUUGCGCACUUCUGACUCUGUGUUCCUAACACAGAUUUUUUACCUGUCUCUUCUGUCUCUUGUGCCAUGUUUUUUGGGUACUGUAUUUUAAUUGUUUUUAAAAUAUAAUUUCAGUAGAACUGCUUUUCAGUCGUUGUUCCUAACAUUUCAUUAUGUAGGGGUUUCUAGUUUUACACUACAACCUACAGUUUUGUUUGCAGCUUGUUUAAAUGAAAAAGGGAUUCUUCUUGCACAGGUCUUCAAAGAAACAUUUGGUCCUAAAUUUAAAUUCCAUUUUGUGGAUGCUAUUUUAUAGUUCAAAGUACUAUAUAUAGUUACAUGCUAUAUAGAGAGAGUAUUUUUGAACUGUAAUACAUACAAAACAUAUAUAUAUAUACAGUAUUAUUUUAUUUACUAUUCUACUAUAUUGUUGUAAUACUGUGUGUAUAUAUAUAAAUGAAAUAGACGAUGGUAUGCAUGUAUUUGUCAUGGUGAGGGACAGCAGUUAUUUUUCAGUUAUUUCAUUUUUGUUUCUUUGUUUUUUAAAGUUUGAGGUCAGAGUAGACUUCAGUGGUACAACUGAAACAGACAGGUACUGUUCUGAUAUGAUUUUUCUGUACUAAAAUAAAAAUGUCACUUUGUAUCAAAAAAAAAAGUUAAAGAAACUGAUUACUAAAUAAAGGUCAAUUUCUAUAACUUGA